GUGGACUACUCGCCUACGGGGAGUCUGUACGCGUCGUGCAGUUACGAUGGGGCCAUCAAAGUGUGGGAUGGCGUCAGCAGUCGGUGUAUAAACACGAUACAGAACUCACACAACGGGAGAGCGGUGGAUACUGUAAAGUUCUCCAAGAAUGGCAAAUACUUGUUAUCGAGUGGUAGGGAUUGUACUGCGAAGCUAUGGGAGAUCAGUAGCGGUAUGUCGUGGCCUGAGAAUUAA